AUGACGAAUCCAUUUGACGCUGAUGAUUUGCUGAAAAGAUCUAUAUUCAGUUCUAUUCUUGGAUUUAGUCGUAAGAUAAAGAAUUCAGCAAAGGUAGAAUCGGUGAAAGGUGAAAAUGCUAAUGGUUCGGCCACCAGCAUAAAUAAUGAUACUGCAGCACUGGGCGAUUUAACUCCAUAUAAUCCCAAAUAUCGCACAAAACAGGAAAUAUAUAACGAAAUUGUAUGCGAAUGUGCUGAACUGGAGAAAAAUAAGGUUGCAUCAGCUCCGAGUUCAGUACGGAUGAGAUCCGUAGCAUGUUCCACGAACGAGUUGAUAGAUACGGCAAUAAAUCCAUGCAGUCCGCAUUCGCCGCUGUCAACAGAGAACAAUAAUAAAACCAUACAGAAUUUAAUUCAAUUAUUGGUGGCAGCUGUCAGGGAAAGCGGAAUCCUCAAUGAUCAAAGUGGAACAAAUUCAUCAGAAGACAUAUUGAAGCGUAAAAGGCUACAGAACAAGAAAGCAGCGAUACGCUAUCGAAAGCGACAAAAGGAGCUCAAAGAAGAGGCAGAAUUGGAAUUGACAAUUCUUGUGAACAAAAAUAAUGAAUUGAAAAACGAAAUUAAGCGAAUGCAAGCUGAAAUCGAUCAGUUGAAAGCACGGGUUUUAAAGAGAACCAGUGAGGAAUCACAGUCUUUCCGCGAAACAUAG